CUUUCCUUUCCAAGUCUGAAGGCGACACUCUCACUUUGCUCUGUUUGCUCUCAGUUAUCGUAACGUUCUCACACUCAAUCAUUAUAUUCCUUCAUUGAAUCUUCUGACACACUCGCUGAUGUCUUAGCAAGUAUCGUGACAGCACAACUACAAAACGUGCCUCUACCAGCCACACGGAUUUCCCUUCACUGCCUUCUCAUUAGAUGACGAGUCUCCAACUUGAAUGGCGAACGGCAUCCAGACCAGACACAUUUCUGCUACUCAAUCAUGGGGAUCAAUCAGAUUUGACUAGUGAAAUUCUGACAGUCCCGAGGGAGCACGACAUCUCCCUGUUUUUCCAGCUUCCAGAAUGGCACCUUCUGUGUGCUGAAAACCACCAUGGUCCACAAAGGGUCUAAUGACUCUUUCUUGGAUGCUCAGGAGGGAUCCAUGAUGCUUCGCAGAGCUGAAGGUCAUUUCCACGUCAGUGCGUUUUCAUGUGGAUGUGGUGCGCAAUUUAGUUCUUUGACUUCGGCUCUGUUCAGGGGCAGACAAGUUCUAGGUGUAUCAUCCACUCGCUGAUAAGGUUUCAGGCUCUUUUUU